CGGCCGGCGGGGGCUUCGGAGGAGCCGGGUUCUGGCGCGUUGGCCCCGACACCCCCUCCGCGAGCUCGGGGUGCGGGCGGGGACCGAGGGGAGUUGGGGAGGAGAGCGCUCUGGGGCGACGGCGAACGAAAGCUUUUUAAUUAGUAAUAAAACGCAAUAAAACGCAGCAAAACCAGCCCGAACCCGCGUCCGAACUAUCAGCGCGUUUGUGGGGAAAUCCGAGGAAGUCGCGCAGAAAACCGCAGCGGCCAGUCUCCUUCUCCGCCCGGCUUUGGGCAGGAGCCGCAGCGCUGCGCGGGACAGGGCGGGGGAACGGUCACCUCGCCUCCAGGACUACCUGGGUCCUUUUAAAGUGUCCAGGGUGCGGGCCCCGGGCGGGAGCGACGAGCACAGAAUGUUUUCUUAAAGGGCCAGUUCCGAGCUGUGCUGAAAAGGGGGGGGAGGGGGGAGAGAGAGAAGUGAGGUGAAGACCGAGAAGGCAUCGGAGAGCCCCCCAAUCCCGCGCCGAGGCGGCGGCGGCGGCGGCGCGACGAAGAGGAUGAUGAACACAUUGCAAAGUUUUUUUGGCCCCGGCGAGGGGUGUCAGAUUGAGUGCUCUGUGCGCAUGUGCGAAGGUGUCCAAACUGACAAUGCUAGGGAGAUGAAGAUAGUGUGUAGCUGCUUCUGGGCUCAAGGAGGAGGAGAGAGAUUCCGCGAGCCGACACCAUGCGAUCCAAGGCGAGGGCGAGGAAGCUAGCCAAAAGUGACGGUGACGUUGUAAAUAAUAUGUAUGAACCCGACCCAGACCUGCUGGCCGGCCAGAGUGCCGAGGAGGAGACUGAGGACAGCAUCUUGUCCCCCAUCCCUAUGGGGCCGCCGUCCCCCUUCCCCACCAGCGAGGACUUCACUCCUAAGGAGGGCUCGCCCUAUGAGGCUCCUGUCUACAUUCCUGAAGACAUUCCAAUCCCACCAGACUUCGAGUUGCGAGAGUCCUCCAUCCCAGGAGCUGGUCUGGGGAUCUGGGCCAAGCGGAAGAUGGAAGUUGGGGAGAGGCUUGGCCCCUAUGUGGUGGCGCCCCGGGCCGCACUGAAGGAGGCCGACUUUGGAUGGGAGCAGAUGCUGACGGAUACAGAGGUGUCAUCCCAGGAGAGCUGCAUCAAAAAGCAGAUCUCUGAAGACUUGGGCAGCGAGAAGUUCUGUGUGGAUGCCAGUCAGGCUGGGGCUGGCAGCUGGCUCAAGUACAUCCGUGUGGCGUGUUCCUGUGAUGACCAGAACCUCACCAUGUGUCAGAUCAACGAGCAGAUUUACUAUAAAGUCAUUAAGGACAUUGAACCUGGAGAAGAGCUGUUGGCCCAUGUGAAAGAGGGCGCCUACUCCCUGGGUGUCAUGGCACCCAGCCUGGAUGAGGAUCCCACAUUCCGCUGUGACGAGUGUGAUGAGCUCUUCCAGUGCAAGCUGGAUCUGAGGCGCCACAAGAAGUAUGCGUGCAGCUCUGCAGGGGCCCCACUCUAUGAGGGCCUUGGGGAGGAACUCAAGCCUGAGGGCCUCAUCAGGGGCAGCGAUGGGCAAGCACAUGAGUGCAAGGACUGCGAGCGGAUGUUCCCCAACAAAUACAGCUUGGAGCAACACAUGAUUGUCCACACGGAGGAGCGUGAGUACAAAUGCGACCAGUGUCCCAAGGCCUUCAACUGGAAGUCCAACCUCAUUCGCCACCAGAUGUCUCACGACAGUGGCAAGCGCUUCGAAUGUGAAAACUGUGUCAAGGUGUUCACGGACCCCAGCAACCUCCAGCGUCACAUCCGCUCACAGCACGUUGGUGCCCGGGCCCAUGCCUGCCCCGACUGCGGCAAAACCUUCGCCACAUCCUCUGGCCUCAAACAGCACAAACAUAUCCACAGCACAGUGAAGCCAUUCAUAUGUGAGGUCUGCCACAAGUCAUACACGCAAUUCUCCAACCUGUGCCGGCACAAGCGGAUGCAUGCUGACUGCCGAACGCAGAUCAAGUGCAAGGACUGUGGGCAAAUGUUCAGCACUACCUCCUCCCUCAACAAGCACCGGCGCUUCUGUGAGGGCAAGAACCAUUAUACGCCGGGCAGCAUCUUCACCCCAGGCCUGCCCUUGACCCCCAGCCCCAUGAUGGACAAGACAAAACCCUCCCCCACCCUCAACCACGGGGGCCUAGGCUUCACUGAGUAUUUCCCCUCCAGACCUCAUCCUGGGAGCCUGCCCUUCUCAGCCGCCCCUCCAGCCUUCCCCACACUCACCCCAGGCUUCCCAGGGAUCUUCCCUCCAUCCUUGUACCCACGACCACCUCUGCUACCUCCCACGCCACUGCUCAAGAGCCCCCUGAACCAUGCACAGGAUGCCAAGCUCCCCAGCCCACUGGGAAACCCAGCCCUGCCCCUUGUCUCUGCAGUCAGCAACAGUAGCCAGGGUGCCACGGCGGCCACGGGGCCAGAGGAGAAAUUCGAUGGCCGGUUGGAAGAUGCCUAUGUGGAGAAGGUUAAAACCGGGAGCCCUGACGUGUCAGAUGGCAGUGACUUUGAAGAAAUCAACACCACGACGGGAACAGACUUGGACACCACCACAGGCACAGGCUCAGACCUGGACAGUGAUGCGGACAGUGACCGAGACAAGGGCAAGGACAGAGCCAAGCCGGCUGAAAGCAAGCCUGAGUUUGGGGGUGAAUCGGUGCCCCCCGGGGCCAUAAACAGUGUGGCUGAGGUGCCAGCCUUCUACUCACAACAUUCAUUCUUCCCACCACCCGAGGAACAACUGCUGACGGCCUCGGGAGCUGCCGGUGACUCCAUUAAGGCCAUCGCAUCCAUCGCUGAGAAGUACUUCGGUCCUGGCUUCAUGAGCAUGCAGGAGAAGAAGCUGGGCUCACUACCCUACCACUCUGUGUUCCCCUUCCAGUUUCUGCCCAACUUCCCCCACUCUCUCUACCCCUUCACGGACCGAGCCCUCGCCCAUAACUUGCUGGUCAAGGCUGAGCCAAAGUCACCCCGGGAUGCUCUCAAGGUGGGCGGCCCCAGUGUAGAGUGCCCCUUCGACCUCACCACCAAACCAAAAGAGGCCAAACCUGCCCUGCUCAGACCCAAGGUUCCCCUGGUCCCCUCAUCUGGUGAGGAACAGCCGCUAGACCUGAGCAUCGGCAGCAGGGCCCGAGCGAGCCAGAAUGGAGGCAGCCGUGAACCACGGAAGAACCACAUCUACGGUGAACGGAAGCCGGGGGUUGGCGAGGGGCUGCCUAAGGUGUGCCCAGCACAGCUGCCCCAACAGCCAUCCCUGCACUAUGCCAAGCCCUCACCCUUCUUCAUGGAUCCCAUCUACAGCAGGGUAGAAAAGCGGAAGGUGACAGACCCUGUGGGAGCCCUGAAAGAGAAGUACCUGCGGCCAUCCCCACUGCUGUUCCACCCCCAGAUGUCAGCCAUAGAAACCAUGACAGAGAAGCUGGAAAGCUUUGCAGCCAUGAAGGCCGACUCAGGCAGCUCCCUGCAGCCUCUGCCUCACCACCCCUUCAACUUCCGGUCCCCACCCCCAACGCUCUCGGAUCCCAUCCUCAGGAAGGGCAAGGAGAGAUACACAUGCAGGUACUGUGGCAAGAUCUUCCCCAGAUCUGCGAAUCUCACAAGACAUCUGAGGACACACACGGGGGAACAGCCAUACAGGUGCAAGUAUUGUGACCGGUCAUUCAGCAUCUCCUCGAACCUCCAACGGCACGUGAGGAACAUCCACAAUAAAGAGAAGCCAUUCAAGUGUCACCUGUGCAACCGCUGCUUUGGGCAGCAGACCAACCUGGACCGGCACCUGAAGAAGCAAUGAA